AUGGCACAGUUGUUACUUUUUGUAAGAUAUAUUUAUGAGGGAAGGAUUCAUGAAGAUAUACUGUUUUGUCGUCCUCUGGAAGGUCAUACUCGUGGAAAAGAUAUAUAUAAAAAAGUAAAUGAGUUUUUUGAAGAAGAAGGAUUAAAUUGGAAAAAUUGUGUUGGUGUGUGCACGGACGGUGCUGCAGCAAUGACCGGACAAGAUCUUGGUUUUACAGCAUUUGUUAAAGCUGGAAAUGAUCAAAUUACAUUUACACACUGUAUGAUUCACCGAGAGGCACUUGUCGUUGAAAAAAUUGCACCAGAAUUGAACACUGUGUUUUCUGAUGCAGUCAAAAUCAUUAAAUUUAUUAAAAGUCGAGCACUUAAUAGUCGAUUGUUUAAAAAUUUGUGCAUUGAUAUGGAUUCGGAUUAUACAUGUUUAUUGCUGCAUGCUGAAGUUAGGUGGCUAUCAAGAGGUCGAAGUUUGAAACGAUUAUUAACUUCAAAAGAUGAAGUUCUUAUAUUUCUAACAGAGCAAAAUUCUAAUUUGGCCGAUUAUUUUCACUAUAAUUUAUGGCAAGCUAUGCUAUUUGGCAGACAUUUUUGA